AUGGCUGAAUAUUAUAAAGCGAAAACAAGCAAACUGGUCCUAAAGGGUGAAAGUUCAAAAGGCACGAAGCGAAAGCACAAAAAGGACAAGAAGGAUAAGGAAGCUAAACGUGCCCUCGUUGUCGACACGGAUGCGGUCAAGCAUGGUGGUUGGAGGAUAGUGACAAAGACCAGCGAUAUUACCGGCUCGAUUGCAUUGCAGUUUGAUAAGCAAGCUUAUGUAAAGGCACUGGAUAAUGGGCUCUUUACGCUGGGAGCACCCCACAACGAAGGUGAUCCACCGGAUCCGGAAGAAAUAUUCAGUGCCGUAUUGAUCAACGAGCAGAAGGUCGCAUUCAAGUCUGGUUACGGAAAGUACCUGAAGGCGGAAAAGGAUGGUAUGAUAACGGGUCGUUCUGAUGCCGUGUCGGCACUGGAACAGUUCGAGCCAGUGUUUGACCAAGGCAAAAUGGCUCUGCUCGCUGCGAACGGAUGUUUUGUGUCGGUGGACCCGGAGGAUGAUGCACUCGUGGCUAUCAAGAAAAAGGUUGGCAGCGAUGAAGUGUGCAUGAUUCGGAGCUGCGCCGGCAGGGAAGACAUCUCCAACAAGGAGCUACCGGCCGAGGAAUCCGGCAAUCUUGACCAAGUGGAACUAAAUUAUGUGAAAAAGUUUCAAAAAUUCCAAGACAAAAAGAUACGCGUCAGCAACGAGGACAAGGUGGCGCUGAAAAAGGCAAAGGACGAAGGAGCACUGCAUGAAGCUUUGCUGGAUCGACGAAGCAAGAUGAAGGCCGAUCGAUACUGCAAAUAA